AUGUCACUGCAGAUGAUUACAGUCAGUAAUAAUGCAACCUUAAUUCAACCGGGCUUCUCACUACUGAAUUUUGAUGGGCAAGUUUUCUUCUUUGGCCAAAAGGGCUGGCCCAAGAGGUCCUGCCCCACGGGAGUUUUUCAUUUUGAUGUAAAAAAUAACCAUCUCAAACUGAAGCCUGCAGUUUUUUCUAAGGAUUCCUGCUACCUUCCCCCUCUUCGCUACCCAGCCACUUGCACCUUCAAAGGAGGCUUAGAGUCUGAAAAGCAACAAUACAUUAUCCAUGGAGGGAAGACACCCAACAAUGAGCUUUCAGAUAAGAUUUAUGUCAUGUCUGUUGUGUGCAAGAACAACAAAAAAGUUACUUUUCGCUGCACUGAGAGAGACUUGGUAGGAGAUGUUCCUGAAGCCAGAUAUGGUCAUUCCAUUGAUGUGGUCUACAGUCGAGGGAAAAGCAUGGGUGUUGUCUUUGGAGGCCGAUCAUACAUACCCUCUGCCCAAAGAAUCACAGAAAAAUGGAAUAGUGUAGCUGACUGCCUGCCCCAUGUUUUCUUGGUGGAUUUUGAAUUUGGGUGCUCUACAUCAUACGUCCUUCCAGAACUUCAGGAUGGGCUAUCUUUUCAUGUCUCCAUUGUCAGAAAUGAUACCAUUUAUAUUUUAGGAGGACAUUCACUUGCCAAUAACGUCCGCCCUGCCAACUUAUACAGAAUAAGGGUUGAUCUCCCCCUGGGUAGCCCAGCUGUAAACUGCACAGUUUUGCCAAGAGGAAUCUCUGUCUCCAGUGCAAUCCUGACUCAAACAAACAAUGAUGAAUUUGUGAUUGUGGGUGGCUAUCAGCUUGACAAUCAAAAAAGAAUGGUCUGCAACAUCAUCUCUUUUGAGGACAACAAGAUAGAAAUUCGUGAGAUGGAGACUCCAGAUUGGACCCCAGAUAUUAAGCACAGCAAGAUAUGGUUUGGAAGCAACAUGGGAAAUGGAAGUAUUUUUCUUGGCAUACCAGGAGACAAUAAACAGGCUCUUUCAGAAACAUACUAUUUCUACAUGUUGAAAUGUAUGGAAGAUGAUGUGAAUGAAGAUCAGCAAACAUUCACAAAUAGCCAGACAUCAACAGAAGACCCAGGGGACUCCACUCCCUUUGAAGACUCAGAAGAAUUCUGCUUCAGUGCAGAAGCAAAUAGUUUUGAUGGAGAUGAUGAAUUUGACACCUAUAAUGAAGAUGAUGAGGAAGAUGAGUCUGUAACUGGCUACUGGAUUACAUGCUGCUCUACUUGUGAUGUGGAUAUCAACACUUGGGUACCAUUUUAUUCCACUGAACUAAACAAACCUGCCAUGAUCUAUUGCUCUCAUGGUGAUGGGCACUGGGUCCAUGCCCAGUGCAUGGAUCUGGCAGAACACACACUCAUCCAAUUGUCAGAAGGGAGCAACAAGUAUUACUGCAAUGGGCAUGUGGAGAUAGCAAGAGCACUGCAAACCCCAAAACGAGCGCCACCCUUAAAAAAGCCUCCACUGAAAUCCCUCCACAAAAAGGGUUCUGGGAAAAUCCUUACUCCUGCCAAAAAAUCCUUUCUUAGAAGGUUGUUUGAUUAG